AUGCUACUCGACCUCCUCAUCCUCUUAGUGACAAUAUGGCUGACACAUUUUCUCAUUGGUGAAAUGAGAAAACCAAAGAAUUUUCCCAACGGUCCAAUAUUCUAUCCAAUUAUCGGGAAUUUAUUAACAGUCGCUAAACUUCGAAAAGAGACUGGAUUCUUAAUUCGCGCCGUGAUGAAAAUAGCUGAACGAUACUCAAAUACAAAGGAUGUUAUUGGACUGAAAAUUGGAAAAGAUCUUGUUGUGUUUACGAUGACGACGAAGGCAUUGAAGGAAGUUUACACAUGUUCAGAUUUCGAUGGUCGUCCAUUUGGUCCAUUUUAUGAGACAAGAACGUGGAAUAAACGUCGUGGAAUUAUUUUUACAGAUCAAGAUUUUUUCCAAGCACAGCACCGCUUCAUCGUCCGUCAAUUGAAAGAAUUUGGAUUCGCACGAAAAGGAAUGCUUGAAAUAUGUGAAAAUGAAGCAGAAUUUUGUGUCAAUGAUUUUCGUAAAUUGAUUGAAAAUCAUGGUGGAACGAGUGCGACUGUCAAUAUGCCAAACAUUCUUUCAAUGUACAUCUUAAAUACAUUAUGGCAAUUCCUGGCUGGAAUACGAUAUGAUGUCGAUAAUCAAGAAAUGAGAUAUUUGCAAGGAAUUCUGAGCGACUUGAUGAAGUCGAUUGAUAUGAAAGGCGCAUUAUUUUCUCAUUUUCCAUUCUUGCAGUACAUUGCUCCUGAAGCUUCUGGCUAUAAGGAUUAUGUUAGAUGUCAUAAGAAUAUACAUGCGUUUAUGCGUAAGGAAGUUGAAAGGCACAAAAGGAAUUUCAAUCCAUCAGAUGAACCGCGUGAUCUUAUUGAAGCGUACUUAAAGGUGCUCCAUGUUGGAGAUGAAUCAGGCAAAGCACACAAAUCUUUUAGCGAAUUACAACUUCUUGGCAUAUGUCUUGAUAUGUUUAUUGCCGGCAGUGAAACAACAAAUAAUGCUUCUAAUUUCAUGAUGUUAUAUCUUACCCGCAAUCCACAUGUUCAGAUACGUGCACGUGAAGAAAUCGAUCGAGUUAUUGGACGGAAUAGAUUACCAAAGCUUUCAGACCGUCCCAACCUUCCAUAUUGCGAGGCGAUUGUGCAUGAAUCUUUAAGAUCAUUCAUGAAAAUGGCAUGCGGUGUUCCACAUCGUGCACUAAAGGAUACAAAAUUGUGUGGAUUUGAUAUUCCAAAGGAUACAAUGAUUAUAUCAUCCUUCAUGCCACCCUCAAUGGAUACGAAGAACUUCAAAAAUCCGCAUAAAUUUGAUCCCGAGAAUUUCCUUGAUGUAAAUGGAAAUGUCGUAGUUCCUGAGAAUUUCAUACCAUUUGCUCUCGGCAAGAGACGUUGUAUUGGUGAAGUUUUGGCAAGGACGAACCUUUUCCUUUUAUGCACGACAUUGUUACAGAAUUUUUAUAUUGAGAUACCCGACGGACAUGAUAUACCAUCUGAGGAACCAAUUGAUAGUAUGACACCGAAUGUUAGAGAUUAUGAAGCUAUGAUAGUUUUGAGACAAUAAGGAUUUUGGAAGGGUUUAGAGGAUGUGUGAUAUUUUAUUCACUCAAAUUUGUUGCCUUUUGGGAGAGUUUAAGGAUAUGACAGUUUUGAUAUUAUAAUGCUUUUAGGACUGAAUUUGAUUUCUUUAAGAUUAUUUGUUGAGCUUUUAUUUCUUUGUUUGGUG